AUGGUUCACGCAGUGCAAUCCGUCAUGCCGUCUGCAACUUACGCUUCAACGGGGAACCGCCCCCGCCGAGGCACCUACGCAGAGAUUCCGGUGUCUUCGACCUCCCACCCAGAUAACCCAAUUCCAGAAGAGCCUCGAGGCGUGCGCUCGCUUUCAGUGACCGAUACCAACUUCAAUGUUAUUUCCCAGCCUUCGUCUGAAGGCACCGAAUCGACCGGCAUUAUCACCCCGGCCACCCCUCUCACACCCCCCAACGAGGCUGAAUCGGAUGAAGAGCUUGCAGGUGAGAAAACCGAUGGUCGCCAACGACGACGGGCAUCGACUGUCCUGAUCUCGCAAAACUCGGAUGAUAUGAGAAGAGUGCUGGAGAAUGUCGGCACAGCAGGUACCCAGAAGCUUCAAUCCCUCUGCUGCGGCGGGGGUUGCUGUCGAGGCCAGGCAUUGCGUCCUGUAGAUGGACCGAUCUCAGGCUUCAAUUCGAUCGUCGGACCCGCCAACAACAAGGCAUUCGACAGCCUAAAGCUGAACCUCGAUCUCCUCACCAUGGACACCGAGCUUUCCAGCAUGGCCCCCCUCCCCGAGAAAACCGUCUUUUUCAAACCAGUCCCCGCAUCGGCAAUCGACAUGACCUUCGGCCCUGCAGACCACCCACCGGAAUUUGUGCAACCGCACCCGCCCUACAACGUCUACCGUGCGCCUCUCUUCCACACGCGUGAGCUGACCGGCCCCGGUGCCGAAAAGCGCACUUACCACUUCGACAUCGACGUCACCGACUACCCUGCAGAAAGCGGCAUGGUUGACUUCGUCGUAGGCGGCGCAAUCGGCGUCUGCCCUAAGAACAAAGAUUCCGAAGUCGAAGACGUCUUCAAUCUCCUCUGUGUCCCUAAGUCCAUGCGCGACAAGAAAGUCCUAAUGCGCACCACCAAGGGCCGCUGGCCCACGAUCUGGGGCGAUGACAAACCCCGCGAAUUAAUUACCACCCGUCGCGAAGUCCUAAGCUGGUGCUCUGAUAUCCAAUCAUACGCACCCACAAAGCCCCUGUUCCGCCUCCUCGCAGAACACGCCAGCGAGCCAAAUGAAAAGAAAAUCCUUUCCUACCUGUCCUCCGCCCAAGGCCAAGGCGCCUUCUGCGACCUCCGCACAAGCUCUUUCGUCUCACUCUCCCAACUCCUAAACGCCUUCCGCUCCUCCCAACCACCCCUCGACGCCCUCCUCUCAGUCCUCAACACUCUCAUGCCCCGCUUCUACUCCCUAUCCCAGGACCCGCAGAUCUCAUGCCAAUACAAAGGCUCCGAAUGCCGGCGCUUGAUCGAAGUAGCCGUCACAGUUGCCGAGUCGGAAGAUUGGCGCGGCGGAUCCCGCACAGGCGUCGGGUCCGGAUAUCUCGAGUCUCUCGCCCGGCGAGCCAUCGAGGCGGAAUCCAGAGGCGAAAAGCUAGACCUUCACAUCCCCAUGUUCAGGGGCCUGAUGGCGAACCCGCUCGCCACUCGCUUCGCGUCGGACGGUCCCAUGCUGCUUAUCGGUGCAGGCGUCGGCAUCGCGCCAUUCCGCGGCUUCGUGCAGCGCCGGCUGCAGUCUGCCAAUUGUGCAAACAAAGUCUGGGUUCUGCAGGGUGUGCGCGAUUCAUUGCUCGAUGAGCUGUAUUCGGGUGAAUGGGGCGUCCAUGAGGAUAAGGUGCGGACUGUCGUUCAGAGUCGGAAGGGCGAGUCUCGUUAUGUGCAGGAGGAAGUUCGACACCAGGCUGAUUUGGUUUGGUUCGUGAUUAACUCGCUUGAUGGACGCGUUUUCGUUUGUGGGUCUGGGAAGGGUAUGGGUGAGGGUGUGGAGGCUGCUCUUGUUGAGGUUGCUAUGGCCAAGGGUAACCUUAAUGCCCAGGAGGCAGAUAUGUUCUGGCAGAGGAAGAAGGAAGCUGGACAGUAUAUUGCUGAAACUUGGUGA